AUGCCUACCCCACCACCAAAUGCCCUUACCCCAGGGACUAACCUUGAAGUAGGGAUCCACCAAAUCUCCAUAAUCAAAUACAUCUCUGAAGGUGGGUUUGCUCAUGUGUAUACCUGUACCGUUGAUCCACCGUUCCACGGGUCUUCCAUUGCAUGUUUGAAACGAGUAGUUGUUCCUAGCAAAUGGCAAUUGUCACUUUUGAGACAAGAAGUAGAUGCUAUGAGACGGUUACGUGGUAACAAGCACAUAGUUUCAUAUAUCGAUUCGCAUGCUGCCAGGUUACCCAAACUGGACAAUGACUCUACCCAGAAGUACGAAGUGUUCUUGCUUAUGGAGUACUGUGAACGUAAGGGAUUGAUCGAUUUUAUGAAUACCAGAUUGGUUAACAAGUUGACCGAGCCAGAAAUUGUCGAUAUCAUGUAUCAAGUAACUAUCGGGGUUGCCAUGUGUCAUAACCUUCGUCCUCCGUUGAUCCAUCGAGAUAUCAAGAUUGAAAACGUCUUGAUUGACGGCAAGGGAACAUUCAAACUAUGUGAUUUUGGAAGUUCUGUACCUUACCAGCCACCACCUAAAUCCCCACAAGAAUUGCAACUUCUAAGAGAUGAAUUACAACAACAUACAACCCCGCAAUAUCGUGCUCCGGAAAUGAUUGACUUGACUAAGGGGUUCCCCAUCGACGAUAAGCUGGAUAUAUGGGCUUUGGGGAUCUUUUUGUACAAAUUAUGUUACUAUACAACUCCAUUUGAACACCCAAGCCAGACAAGUUUAUCGGAAUUGGAAGAUACGAUUCUAAACUGUGGAGAAACUUUGAGAUUCCGUGAUGCCCCAGGACUGAUGUUUUCUCAUAGAAUGAAGAACGUCAUUAAAGUGUGUCUCCGUGGUGAUCCAAGACGAAGACCAAAUGCCAUCCAGUUACUAGGUGAGAUCUGUGCCAUGAAGGGCGUUCCCAUCCCAGAUGUUAUCCCAUACAGUGUCCGGGAACAAAUCAAAGCUGAAUCUGCUGCAAAUGUUAAGCAACCACCUCGUGGUCCUAUAAAACCCGUUCUUGCGCCUACCAACUCAAGCAAACUGGAAAUUGCAGCCAAGAAAAUUGAGGCACCCAAUGGCAACCAACCUACUGAUCCAUUUAUGCUUGAUAAAUCAGUCAUGCUUGACAAACUCACUCGUCAAAAGAUCACUUCUAAUCCACCACGACCACCAGCACGUCCCCUUUCCGCAUUCUAUUCGGAAGAAAGUACCUCGAGAGUGUACACACAUGGAAACAAGUCUUCACCGUCUGUCCACGAUCAUGUCAAGGCAGAACUUCCCAAACAGCAUACAUUUGAAUUUGAAAAUGAUACCAAUGGAACACUUGAGUUUUUGAAAUCAAGAGAAAGAAAAGCAGAUACACCCUUUGAUAAUGUACGAAGAGCAGGUGAGAAUGUCUUGGGAACUUUUGGUACUCUUGGAAGUGAAGCUAUAGAAAUAGUCAAAAGUACACUCACUGGUGAACAUACUGGAGGCAAACAAAAGGAAUCAAGAAAAUCUUUGGAAUCAGUCCAAACUCAAGAACCACUCCAGAAAAUAUCCAUCCAAAAACGAAUACAAAUGUUAUUUAGUGACUCACAAAAGACCACGAAACUGGCUGGUGGAUAUGACAGAUUCACAGGCGGUAAUGUCGGCGAGGACAUUGAUGCAAUCAAUGUAAGUUCUGAUUCUGUCAAGAUUGCACAAUCAUCGUCCAAGAAAUCGCUUACACCUCCUGAAAUACCGUUAGCGUUAAGUUCACAUCGUCUUAACAAAACGAAAAAGAAGAAACCACCCAAGCCUAGGAAGCCGGCUUAUUUACAAGGGAGUAAAGAAGAUAGUGACGAGUAUGACGAAGACAUUGAAGUUUUAGAACAGCAAUUUGCCAAAAGGUUUCCUAGCUAUGUUUAA